CUUAGGUGACGUGGUGUACGCCACGUCAGUUUUAAACGCAUUAUAUUUUCUUUAUAAUGUUUACAAAUAUUUUAUCUCAGUUUUAUUUUGUAUUAUUUUAUUUUUUUAGUUUCUUGUCUUAUAUUGACGGUUCGUUACUUUCACGUGUUAAGAACCCUGUGGAACAUGUGUCUGGCUCCACUAUAUCCUACAUUCUGCCAAAGAACGUAUACAGAUACGAGCCCUACAGAGGACAUAGAACGUUGUGGAAGCCUACUCGCACGACGAAGUCAGAACCAUAUAGUGCAUUGCCUUCUCGAACGAAAACUUCCAAAAGAAAACAACAAUAUGAAGAGCAUUCAUCACGCCAUCACAUAGAUGUUCCUACAAAAAAGACUUAUUGGCACCAUUUUUAUGAUGACGAGGAGGCUUGGCCUAAAGUAGUAUUAGUUUUAUCUAGUACUGAAAUAACGACUACCCAAAAAAAAAUAAAAAAAACUUUUGCAAGUUAUUUUCCCCCGCUUAACAAAAACAUACCAAAAGAAACCGUUGAUCUGAAUGACAGCGAUGAGGACGAAGAUGAUGAACAGAUAUUGAAUAAUAAUGAUGUAGGCAUGAACUGGAUUCCUGUUAAUUUUGAGAAUACCGGUGACAGCGCUCACUUGGAACAAGGAGACGAUAUGGAAACUGAAGAGUUUGAAGAUAAGCCACAAAGAACUUCAAGAAUAUACACUAUUUCAAUGAGUGAUUAUAAUUAUAUUAUUCACACCAUUCCAACGACUAGAGAAGUUAUGGAUAGAAAGUAUUUUUUUAUAAAGCCUGGAAUACUUAGGAAGCAAGGGGAUGACUCGGAUCCUGAGCCUGAUAGACGUACUACCAAUACCAUUCCCACUACCACUACCACACCCACUACCACUACCACUACCACUACCACCACCACUACCACUACCACUACCACCACCACUACCACUACCACCACCACCACCACCACCACCACCACCACCCCACCACCACCCCACUCAACUACCACUACCACUCCUACUACCACUCCCACUACCACUCCCACUACCACUACCACUACCACUCCUACUACCACUACCACUACCGCUCCUACACGGACUACUACUACUGAUGAUGAUACUACUAGUACUACCACUACCACUACCACUCCUACUACCACUACCACUACCACUCCCACUACCACUACCACUACCACUACCGCUCCGACACGGACUACUACCACUACUACGACUGCUGCUAGUACUGAUGAAAGUUCUGAAGGUACUACUACCACUACCGCUCCGACACGGACUAGUACUACUGAUGAUGAUACUACUAGUACUACCACUACUACGACUACUGCUAGUACUGAUGGAACUACUACCACUACCGCUCCGACACGGACUACUACUACUGAUGAUGAUACUCCUAGUACUGAUAAAAGUGUCGAAGGAACUACUACCACUACCGCUCCGACACGGACUACUACUACUGAUGAAGAUACUCCUAGUACUGAUGAAAGUUCUGAUGGAACUGCUACCACUACCGCUCCGACAGGGACUAUUACUACUGAUGAUGAUACUGCUAGUACUACCACUACUACGACUACUGUUAGUACUGAUGGAAGUUCUGAAGGAACUACUACCACUACCGCUACCACUACGAAACAAACUACUACUACGAAACGAACUACUACUAAGAGACGAACUACUACUAAGAGACGGACUACUACCACUCCUUCUACUAAACGAACGACUACUCAACCACCAUCUGUCCAUUGCUAUCAAUGCGGAUUGAACGUAACAGAAAUUCCAAACACACCAACUUGUUACCACAUUUUUGAACACCCAGAUCGCAAAUAUUAUCAUUUAAGAAAAAAUUACAGAAUAUUUUGUGAGAGAAAGAAAUCGAUUAAGCGCAAAGGAACCCCUAAAUUCGACCCGUCACCAGAAAAAUUAUUCAAAGGAGGUUGCUUCAAGCGUUAUCUUGAUAUCGGUGCCGAGGUGUACAAUGAGCGAGGUUGCCGAACCAUGAAUCCUCUCAGGGGUAAGAGCUUCGCGUCCAGCAGAUUCAGUGCGUUAGAAAAAUCUAUGCACUAUAUGACUGAGGGCUGCGUGUCGAGCCCUCACGCUUCACUGACACCCUUCAGCAGAGCUAUCACCCUGUAUGCUAGAUAUCACGUAUGUGUGUGUGUCGGUGACUACUGUAACCAGAGCGGAGCUUUAUGUCCUAAUUAUAUUUAUUCACUAUUUUUAGCAUCAUCAUUAAGAAUAUUUAUGUAACUACUAUCAAUAAUAAGAAGCAAAAACAAGUCUCGAUCAAGCUGUUACAUAUAUCACUUCAAUGACAACAACCAAAAGUGGCUGCGCAACUCUAUUUUCAAAAGUCCUAGCAAAGUAAAGGGUUAUCAUUUCUUAACAACAUAAACACCAUUUACUUAACAUUUCUUUCUUUCCAUACCCACCCAAAAAAAGUGAAUAAAUAUUCUGUACGACACCUGUUUAGCAGUUUUGAAGAUUUGGAUUUGUUCAGCUACUUUUGUAGCUAACUGUGCGUUGAAUGUGACGACAUAGAGGAAUGUAUCAUGAGAUAGCUAGCGUUAUUUUAUAUGUAAAACGAAUGUUAAUUAUAAUAUUAAGAUUCGUAUCCGAAAUUCUUUGCACUAUCUGUGUUUAUGGGGUACCUUGCUGCGGGUGUUUUGUACAACAAUUUGUGUGAGAGGUACCCAUUCGUAGAGACUUUCAGGCAUACCCUUACCAGAAGAUCAGUAAGGAAGGACACAUAGUUUAGAUGAUUCCUUUCUUUUCGUAAGUAUCUCACUUCGGCGAUGGGUGUAUAGCCCAGUCAAUAUUAGACAUUAAAAAUAUAAUGCUGUUCAAAUAACUUUAAUUCGCACGGAGCUGAAUGCUGGUCCAGACCUUUGGCUCUGUUUCCAAAACAGAAAGUUUUGUUUUAAACCUAUGAAUUGUCAAUAAAUAUGCAGAUUACGUCAAACUUUACCUUGUACCCGUAAUUCAUAGAUUCAAAAUUUUUGAAUUA